CCGACAGACAACGGCGAACACCAACACCGACAGCACCGACACCCGUCCCGGAGACCCUGACGCUGGCGGCGGAUAAAAGCAGCCGGGAUUUAGCGCGCGGUUCUCCUGCAGGGAAUAAAACAAUCCAGGCAGGAAUAUUUUCACGCAAGACCUCAAAUGGACUAAAACACGGCAAAUUAAAGAGAGGACUCUUGGAGAAAUAACCGGGACACCGAGAUCCGAGAAAUGUCCAACAGCACUGGGCGAGGUCAUGGGGGUCUUAAUCAACUAGGAGGCAUGUUUGUGAACGGGCGGCCGCUUCCGGAGGUGAUCCGGCAGAGGAUUGUGGAUAUGGCACACCAGGGGGUUCGACCCUGCGACAUCUCCAGACAACUGAGGGUCAGCCACGGCUGCGUCAGCAAGAUCCUGGGCAGGUACUAUGAGACGGGCAGCAUCAAACCCGGCGUCAUCGGCGGCUCCAAGCCCAAAGUGGCCACUCCAAAAGUGGUGGAGAAGAUCGCGGAGUACAAGCGGCAGAACCCCACCAUGUUCGCCUGGGAGAUCCGAGACCGGCUGCUGGCCGAGGGGGUGUGUGACGGAGACACGGUGCCCAGCGUCAGCUCCAUCAACCGGAUCAUCCGCACUAAAGUGCAGCAGCCAUUUAACCUCCCGCUGGACACUAAAGGCCUGAGCCCAGGACACACACUGAUCCCCAGCUCCGCCGUCACUCCUCCUGAAUCUCCGCAGUCGGACUCUCUGGGCUCCACUUACUCCAUCAAUGGGCUGCUGGGAAUCACACAGACCACAGCGGAUGGGAAGAGAGGACACGAUGACAGUGACCAGGAGAGCUGCCGGCACAGUGUGGACUCUCAGGGCAGUGGCGGCGGAGCCCGGAAACAGCUGAGAACCGAACACUUUCCCUCCGCGGCGCUGGACUGCGGGUUCGAGAGACACUACAGCAGCGACAGCUUCAGCCAGAGCAAAGCAGAGCAGCAGCUGUACCCGCUCGCGCUCAUGAACCCCGGUCUGGACGAGGGAAAAGGAGCUUCAUCCAUCAGCAGAAACCUGGCGGCACAUCAGGGCUACGCUGUGGUCACAGAAGCUCUACAGCCCCUCCCACUCUGUCUGAAACAGGAAGUUUCACCUGAGGUGAACAGCUUAAGCCCCUCCCCCCACAUCAUCUCCGGUUCAGCCUUCCUGGACCUGUCUGCCAUUUCGUCUCCGUCAUCUGCGCCCGUUGCUAGCAGCUGCGGCUCCGCUCAUUUAUCUCACGGCUUCAGCUCAUUUUCCCAUCAUGCCCCAGUUCAUGGCCAGUUCAGCAGCCCGUCCCUCAUGGCAGGGCGUGAGGUGGCGAGUUCCAUGCUACCCGGGUAUCCUCCGCACAUCCCCACGGCGCAGACCGGCUUCUCCUCGUCCACCAUCGCCGGCAUGGUAUCAGCUCCAGAGUACACAGGGCAGAGCUACAGCCACCCGGCCUACAGCAGCUACAGCGAGGCCUGGAGAUUCACCAACUCCAGCAUACUGGGUUCCCCGUAUUACUACAGUUCUGCCACUCGACCGCCGCCGCCCGCCGCUGCCUAUGAUCAUCUCUAACCCUCCACCAGACGGAGAAACACACACACACACACACACACACACACACACACACACACACACAAUCACUGCAACACUAUUGAUGUUGAGCUGAGGCCGGGUUGGAGCACAUGUUCACAUCGGAGCGUUCCUCCGCAGUUGUUUCUGUUCAGCCAAAGACUCUCCUGUACCUGUUCACACGCUUCAGCAGAGCUCACCUGCCUGAGCCCAUCACACACCUGGACGUCUGAUAGGGGUCUUGUGCUCUGGAGAUGGUCUGCUGUGUUCAGAGCUCUGAUGUAAACACUAACACCAUCAACAUGCCUGCGGUGUGUGUGUAUGUGUGUGUGUGUGCUGUCAGGGGACAGAAACACCAUCAUCAUCAUCGAUGGUGAAGAGCAGGAGACGUACGCUGAGCUUCUGUUCUUGAUGGAAUAAGAGACGUUCAGGAGGUCUGCCUGUAUCUGACGGCUGGAUCAGACUGAUGUUGAUCAGACACUGUCGAUGUUCUGGGCGAUGUGUAAAUACUGUAGAGAAGGCAUUCCCGCAUCAGAGCGAGUCUCCUUCAUCUCCUGCACGAGUGUCAGAGCGGCAUCAUGCGGAGACUCCUUCAGCUCAAAUGUUCAGGUCCUCCUUCAUCAUCUUCAGUUUUGGCUUCGUGUUUUAUUCUCCUGUUAGUUCUGUUAUUCUGAUGUAAAUGAAGAAUUUCUACAGAUUAUUUUGAAUUAAAUAAAGCAUGAGAAAGUCCA